GGCAACAUCUUUUAUUCCAGUGCCGCACUCCACACAAAUGAGCUCUCGGCAAAGAUCCUGAUUCACCCUGCAUUUAAACUUGAGGACUACUUGAAGAAUCCCAAAACCUAAUUUUUGGUGUUUUCCAAAGUGCUGCUUGUGCAUGCAGGCAGGAUGUUACAAUCUGCGUGAGAAAGAUUGGCAUCAUGGACUCCUGGAUCUUCCCGUCAUCCCCUCUGAACAUUUCGCACGGGCCCAUGUACGACAGCUCGGUGUCGGUCAACGAGUCGGACCCGCAGAGGAACGACACGGACCGGAGCUUCAACAGAACCAACACGGUGGUCAUCACCUGCACGUACUUCCUGGUGUGCGCCAUGGGUCUGUGCGGUAACGCCCUGGUCAUCUACGUCAUCCUGCGCUACGCCAAGAUGAAGACAGUCACCAACAUCUACAUCCUCAACCUGGCGGUGGCCGACGUGCUCUUCAUGCUGGGCCUGCCCUUCAUCGCCAUCCAGUUGGCGCUGGUCCACUGGCCAUUCGGUCCGGCGCUGUGCAGGGUGGUGAUGACCGUGGACUCGCUCAACCAGUUCACCUCCAUCUUCUGCCUGAUGGUGAUGAGCAUUGACCGCUACCUGGCCGUGGUGCACCCCAUCCGCUCCACCGAGUGGCGUAAGCCCCGCACGGCUAAGACCAUCAACCUGGCGGUGUGGGGUGUGUCCCUGCUGGUCAACCUGCCCAUCGUCAUCUACAGCGGCGUCAUCACCAAACACGACGGCUGCUUCUGCACCAUCGUGUGGCCCGAGCCUCAGGAGGCCUACUACACGGCCUUCAUGUUCUACACCUUCAUCCUGGGCUUCUUCCUGCCCCUGCUGGUCAUCUGCCUCUGCUACCUCCUCAUCAUCAUCAAGGUCAAGUCGUCGGGGAUCCGCGUCAGCUCCUCCUCCAAAAGGCGGCGCUCGGAGCGGAAGGUCACCCGCAUGGUGUCCAUCGUGGUGGCCGUGUUCGUCUUCUGCUGGCUGCCCUUCUAUGUCUUCAACGUGACCUCGGUGACGGGCACCAUCAGCACCACCCCCGUGCUGCGAAGCACCUUCGCCUUCGUGGUGGUCCUGGGCUACGCCAACAGCUGCGCCAACCCCGUCCUCUACGCCUUCCUGUCCGAGAACUUCAAGAAGAGCUUCCAGAACGUGCUGUGCCUCAAGAAGGUGGGCGGCUUGGACAAGGCCGAGCGCAGCGACAGCCGGCAGGACAAGUCUCGUGUGAUGGCCGACCCCACGGAAACGCAAAGUACUCUCCUGAACGGGGACCUGCAGACCAGCAUCUGACGCAACCAGGGGGACACGGCCCGCCCCUCUUUCUGUCUGAAAGGCUCCAGCCUCCUCUUGAACGGACUUUCCCUCGUGUCGCUGCACCAGGAGCGCCCUCGGGUACGACUGCACGGGAGGACGGAGGAUCAAACCGGCAACCUUCUGGGCGCUGCCACCCGAGCUGUGCCGCCCCCACUGAACAACGACCCUUCUCCGUUGUUGCUGUGUGUUAGCGUCUUCCCGAGGUACUAAACGAAGAACUGAAACACACCACAAAUACUUUGUUUCUCGAUGCCACGCAUAUAUUUGCUGUAUAAAUAAAAUGCGGACUGUUUGUUUCCAUAGUAACGUAGAGUGUCAACACCAUUUACAAACUCUAUUGCAAAGUUCAGCCUCUUUUUUGGACAGUAUAUUUUGGUUGCAGAAAUAAAGACUCAUUGAGACGUCUGCGUUCUCAUGAAUUUCAGUCGUAUUGAUUCUGUUGUGCAUUGUGACAUAACAGGGCAGCACUGUGGCGCCCGUACCCACAGAACAUGAAAUCAUCUCACUUUCACCCAUUUUACGUUCUUAUUCCUACGUUCCAUCUGCAAAAAGAAGCUGGAUUUCAUGCAAAAAAAAGGAAAAAAAAGAAACAUGUAAAAAAAUGUGGCAUGAAUGAUUGAAAUAUUAGAAUUGAAUUUUUUUUAAUUAUUAAAAAGAAUCAUUUAUGUGUAAAUGUUAAUUUAAUGUAAAUGUUAGCAGGUUUUCUCAUGUAAAAAAUGAGGGAGGCAUGACUUACUGAAGUGUUACAAUGGAAUAAAGAAAUAUGAAAAAUAACAUGUAAAUGUAAAAAAAAAAAAAUCAGUAAAGUGUACAGUAAUCCUUUGCCACUUUGCACAUGGAAUUUCACAACUUUGCUUUUUUUUCAAAAACAUUUAAUAAAUCAUUACUGCUUUGUGGUUGGAUAUGGCCCA